AUGGCGCCCGAUUUGGACGACCAAAAUUUGGCGUUCCGGACAGUGACGCGCUCUUCGCUCACGACGUCAACGAUGUUGCGCUCAGGCUCGCGUCUCUGCACCCAAAUCUCGCGUUCCUCUCGAUGCCUGGCGCGCUUGAACAGUACGCAAGCCUCCCAUGCGGCCAAUUCCAGCUCGUCCAGCUCGACACAAGAGCCAAGGACGGUUUCAUUCGGCUUCAGGACCGUCCCGGAAGACGCCAAAGAAUCCCUCGUCAAGGAAGUCUUCAAUUCGGUGGCAUCAAAGUAUGACCUUAUGAACGACGCAACGUCGUUCGGUGUUCACCGACUGUGGAAGGACACAUUUGUGUCUUCACUUCGUCCUGGCCGACGAGGACCGCAGAAGUGCAUUGACGUCGCUGGCGGUACUGGUGAUAUUGCUCUCCGAAUCUUGGACUACGCCAGAGAAAAGUACGCGGACAGGGAGACCACUGUGGACAUUGUCGACAUCAACGCUGAAAUGUUGAAGGAGGGUUAUCGACGAUUCAAAAAGACCAUGUACCACAACACUCCCCAGGUCGCCUUCCACGAAGGCAACGCCCAAUUGAUGUCCCAAUUCCCUGACAACACCUACGACAUUUACACAAUUGCUUUUGGCAUUCGUAACUGCACUUCAAUACCCGAUGUCCUCAAGGAAGCACACCGCAUAUUGAAGCCAGGAGGUACCUUUGCUUGUUUGGAAUUCAGCAGGGUGGGCAACCCUCUUCUGAGCACACUAUAUGACCAAUACUCUUUCUCGGUUAUUCCUCUUAUGGGCACUGUUUUGGCUGGAGACCGAGAUUCGUACCAGUAUCUGGUCGAGUCCAUUCGUAAAUUCCCUCCCCAGCAGGAGUUUGCGCAAAUGAUUCGCGAUGCCGGAUUCGCGACCGGCAAGGAUGAGGAUGGAGGUGCCUGGACUGAUCUCUGGGGCGGUAUCGCUUCUAUUCACAAGGGUGUCAAGUUGUAG